AUGUGUAACGUUAGCAGGUUGUAUCUUCCGGAAUUAAUAACGACCGUUGACCGUCACGUGCCGACCGUUACUGUCGAUGAACGUUUGUUAACAGUUUGUCUGUUAAACGUCCCUGCAGAUCUUCUGGCAAACCACAAAAGUUGAAAAAGACAAGAUGGGUAAUCGACAGUCAACAAAGGAGAAACAACAGGACAAACAUCAGUCCAAUAUGGACACAAAAGAAGCAGCUGAUAAAAGGGAGACUGAUCAGAGUAGCUUUGCAAAGUUACCCACUCCCACCAGCCCAGAUGACUUAAACCAUGGCGAAUCAAAGGAUUUAACUGGAAACCUCAAUGAAACUGCCACCACUAGUCAAGGACUAGGCCCUACUAAACCUGACGUACCUCAAAACAGAGAACAAAGCAUUCCCACGACUGGGAACAUCUCACAGGAUGCUGACCUAGUAAAAUCUACCCCUUAUCAUGCAAGAGUGACUAAACUGUACAUUUGUCUUGAUAAACCUGACGAUCCAAAGACCAAUAUUCCAAAACCAAGGCUCCAACAGGCCACACCUGCAAGACCAGCAGUUGAGCCACGUCAUGGUGCGGAAACAAGCGCAGGAGACUUUGAUGCUCUGAUGUCAGACGUUUUACAGAAACUAAAGGAUGCACCUGAAACAUCAAGCCAGCAGCAGUCAACAUCUACAGCACUGGUGCAGCAAAUGACAAAACCUGUGCGACCGCAGAAAAAAACUACAGCUCCCUUACAGCAGCAGACAUACAGACAGGUGACAUAUGGCCAUACUCUAUAUGAAGAAUCAGAAAGUUUAACACCAUCAGAGCAGGAAACCACAAAGGAAACCACAGAGGGACUGAUACAGAAAUCGCAAAAGCAAAACACAUCCACAAAACCAGGUGUUGCUCAAGUGCCUGCUUCCACACCUACAGAGUUACCAAACAAUUCAACACAAAUGUCAAAUCAACCAAGAACUCAGGUCAACAAUGAGGAAAACGCUCUACAAGAACCUGGCUUGAACCACAACAAUGUCACCAACGUGAUAUCAGUGAACUAUCAAUACUGCUUCAGUGCCAAAUCAGAAUCAAGCCGUGCUAAUGCUGCUAAACUGAGGCUAAGGCAGAAACUAGCAAAUAAAUUAAAGGCUCAGCCACAAGAUGGCAGUAAUAACUCCCAGCAAACAGCUGAAGAAACUGUCACUGUGCAAGAGAGUUCACAGCAGCAAGGUUGCACUGCCAUGAGAGCCAAGAAACACAAAAAGCUGCACCAAAUACCUCAACACAACAAAGCUGACUAUGACACCAGUGGGAACCCUUCAUCUUGCAUACAUAAAGUCAGUGUGAACCCACCAGAACCACAGGUCCCAGUAGUUGAACAGAGGCCUGCAGCUGCCCCAAAUAUCACUGCCACUCAUCACCCAACAACUGCAGCUGCAGAUGCGAAUGUCAAGUUACGACACCAGUGUAAACUUAAGGUUUCUGUACCUCAAGAUACUGCUGUUAGGCCUAGGAGAAAAUGCACAUUCAUAGCAUUAAAUCAAAACCAACCAAAGGAAGAAAAACUGAAUGGGAACAAUGGACAUGUUGGAGAAGAAAGACCGGAACCAGCUUUCAGCCCUGCCCCAGGUCCUGAACACAGUUUCCAUGCUGAGGGUCGCUGGCACCCAUUCACAGUGAAUCAGUCCUGUUCCCACAAAGCACGAUGUCAUCAUAACCCAGGGAAAGGUUUACCACCAAACGUCCAAAAGUUUGAUGAAUGCCCAAACUACCUGCGUGAGCCUCCUCGGGUCACCACAGCAAAACUCGCUGCCUGCUUACCACUGAGAGAGGCGCAGGAGGAGGGAGGAGAUUCUCACCAAUGAGAGAAAACAUUCAGAAUAUUCUUUAUGCUUUAAAAAACAAAACAAAAACAAAAACAAAACAAAAAAACACUUACAUUGUGAAAAUUGUUCAGUUCCUGUAUAAAUGACUUGCUGUUUAGGAAAGUUAAGAGUUAAAGUGUAAAAAAAAAACUGAAACACAGUCAUUCAAAAAGUUUAUUUUCUGAGUCAUUUAUUGCAGACAAAGAUUUGCAUUGUAAGAUCAACUGGAUUACAAACCAUCUGGGAAGGAAGAGGCAUUACCAUUUAGAAAACACUCACAAACUUCAAUGGCAAUUCUGUCUGUUGCUAGGAUACAAGGCAAGGGCAAUACGUUUCUGUGAGCUCUACUAAGUUGAAAAUGAACUUUGUAUACAAAAGGAGUUUGCUUGAAUUUGGGAAAACUGUUGUUUGACACAGUCACAGGUUGGUUACUGUAACUGAGAAGAGACAAGUUUAUUAAAUGUAGUAUCUGGACUUGAAGUUCUUGUCUUUUUAUCACCAGGGAAUGACCAAUAAAAAGCAAACAGUUGGACAGAUGGUAUCUUGGAUCAAAUAAGUAACAU